CUUUUUAUUUUUAUACUAUACUUAUAUGUGAAAUAUAUAUCGUAAUUUAAAUGAAAAGAUUUAUCUUUUUAUAACUUAUAAUUUUAUUUUAUCGUGUAAUCUUUUCAAAUUUCAAAUAUAAUGGAAACUGCAAAAACUAGGUAUUCGAGAACAACAGAAGAAAUACAUAAAAGUUUAGAAUUAGCUGUUAUUAAGGAAUCUGAUUUGCAGAAUGUAACGCAAAUUUUAUAUUCUGCACAAGAACAUGAUAUAGAAAAACAUAUAAAAUUAUUAGAACUUGAUGAACAUUUAAUAGAGGCAAUAAAAAAAGGAGACAGUUUAACAUUUCAGGGUAAUAAAAAAGAUUUUGCAGUAUUAUGUACACAAAAUCGAACAUAUGAUAUUAGAGAAGCAGGAACAUCUAAUUCUUGUUUAUUAGUACCAAAAUUAAAUUUAUUUGAACAAACAAAAGUAAAUACAGACCGAAUAAUAAAAUAUUAUAAUGUUUGUGGAAUUUUUCAUACAUAUUAUGAGACAAAAGAAUGUAAACCUAAAUGGGAAAAAUUACUUAAUAUACUUGAACCCACAUCUUUUAAAGGAAUGGAAUAUGAAUCAUCAAUAAGUCAAGAACUUUUAUAUAAUUGGCAUAGAUUACAAAAUGAAAUACAAGCCAGUGAAGAUGAACUAAUUCAAGCCUUAAAUGAUUAUUUAAUAGUUAAUAUUGAUGGUUACUUUCGUCUAAUAUCAUUUGAAUUUGAAGUUCGAAGUUUAACACUUAUGUUAGAUAUUUUGGAAGAAAAUAGUUGGGCAUUAAAUGAAGUAGAUAAAGAAUUUACAUAUGAAUCUUUGAAAGAAUUUAUUUUUAAAUCAGUUUUUGAUGCUGUAUUUGCAAGAUAUACACAAGUAAGUGAGAAGUCGAAAAAAGAUGGAACAUCAUUAUAUAGGUACAAUGAAGAAAAAUGUUGUAAGACUUUGGCAAAAGUACUCCUUGCUGUUUCUCCAACAACUGAAUAUAAACAAUUUAUGAAAUCAUGGCAUAUUGGCACACCAGAAAAAAUAGAACCAAAAGAAGAAUAUUUAAAAGGAAUUGCUCUUAUCAAAUGGAAUAACUCAACAAUGACAAGAGAAGUUGUAUCAUUCCCAGAAACUAAUUUGCCAAUAGAUAUUAAUGAAAGAUUUAAUGAACUUUUUAAAGCAAAAAAUAAAUGGACAGUUCAGGAAAUAACACCUUAUAUAAUAUAAAGGAUGCGAUUUUCAUUCCUAGGAGGCGUUGCCAAACCUGAUCUUGUUGUGCCUCCUCUGUCAUCGAACUGCUUGAUGACAUUGUGCUAUCACUGACUGCGGAAGAUAUCAGUGAUCCAGAGAGUGUGCCAUCUGUCGAACUUGUUAGUUGUUCAUCUUGUUUUUGAUUUACGAAUGUAGUGAUCUUUGCAACACCAGUUGCUAUUUGAGGUGUAGUAGAUCUUAUCAUCCCUGAUUGUACUAUUGGCUGUACUAAAUACUGCGUUGCGUUUGUUGCAGCAGUAAUUGGCAGAUUCGCUACGUUGCAUUGUGCUUGACUAUGUUGCGUGGCAGUAAUGGGAGUUGAUUGUUGACCGAUUACAAUAUUAGAUGUGCUCGGAUGAAGGUGUUGCUGGCUAGUUGGUUGGACCGUACCACCCGAUGUGGCGAAAUGCACUUGAAUGGGAUGACUCUGUGCUAUUUCAAAAGACAAUUGCUGCUGAUUCAUGUUCAUCGCUUGGGAACUCGGCACAUGGCUCGCAAUUCCAGUUUGAAUUUGUUGCACAUACAUAGGACCUUGAACCUUCUGAGCUUGCACGACCGUAACAGAAGUCGCUUGCGCCGUGUAAAUUGGAUUAGCGCCGAUUGCUUGAUUUUGUUGAUUCGUAUGUUGCGACGGUAUGUAAGAAACAGAUUGAUGAAUUGGAUUUUGUUUUUGAUUGUUUUGCGCAUUCUGCGAUUGAGGCAUAUACAUCGGUUGUGAUGUCGCUGUACUUAUAUUCGAAUAAAUUUGCUGAUGUUGAUAA